UUUCUUACUUUGCUUUCUCAGAUUCGAUCUCCGCACCUAAACCCACACCAAAUUCUCUGGUCCGAAAACUCCAAUCUCCGAUCCCACAUUCCCUUCUCAGAUCUAAACCUACCUACCGACCCCCACAUUGCGUCCUCGAUCCUCUCAGAUCUGCACCGCUCGGAUUCGAUCCCACCAUGGCCAGAUUGGAGAGCUUGAUCGGCCUCGUCAACCGAAUCCAGCGCGCCUGCACUGCUCUCGGCGAUCACGGCGGCGAGGGCAUGUCCCUAUGGGAAGCUCUCCCUUCCGUCGCCGUCGUUGGAGGCCAGAGUUCCGGAAAGUCUUCGGUUUUGGAAAGCGUGGUGGGGAGAGACUUCUUGCCUCGUGGAUCAGGUAUUGUGACGAGGAGGCCAUUAGUGUUGCAGCUUCAUCGGUUAGAGGACGGGCGGUCUGAAUAUGCAGAGUUUCUUCAUGCGCCUAGGAAGAAGUAUACUGAUUUUGCUGCUGUACGCAAGGAGAUCGCAGAUGAGACUGAUCGUAUAACUGGGAAAUCAAAACAAAUCUCUAACAUCCCAAUUCAUCUCAGCAUAUAUUCUCCAAAUGUUGUAAACUUGACUCUCAUAGAUCUUCCUGGAUUGACUAAGGUUGCUGUAGAGGGACAACCAGACAGCAUUGUUGAGGAUAUUGAGAAUAUGGUUCGUUCUUAUGUUGAGAAGCCUAACUGCAUUAUAUUGGCUAUAUCUCCUGCUAAUCAAGAUAUUGCUACUUCAGAUGCUAUUAAACUUGCAAGAGAAGUUGAUCCAUCAGGUGAAAGAACAUUUGGAGUGAUGACAAAACUGGAUCUAAUGGACAAGGGAACCAACGCUCUCGAUGUUAUAGAAGGAAGGGCAUAUAGACUGCAACACCCAUGGGUUGGAAUUGUGAACCGUUCUCAAGCUGAUAUCAACAAGAACAUUGAUAUGAUGGCUGCUCGUAGGAAGGAGCAGGAAUACUUUGAAAAUAGUCCUGAUUAUGGACACUUGGCACAUAGAAUGGGGUCAGAGUAUCUCGCCAAACUUUUGUCUAAGCAUUUGGAGACUGUCAUCAGGCAGCGGAUACCCAGUAUCAUUGCUUUGAUAAAUAAGACCAUUAGUGAACUUAAUGCAGAGCUGGAUCGCAUUGGCAGGCCAAUUGGCAUAGAUUCAGGGGCCCAAUUGUACACUAUUUUAGAACUAUGUCGUGCAUUUGACCGUGUAUUCAAGGAACACCUGGAUGGAGGGCGACCUGGUGGAGAUCGUAUAUACAAAGUUUUUGACCACCAAUUACCAGCUGCUUUAAAAAAGCUCCCAUUUGAUCGGCAUCUUUCUGUAAAGAAUGUCCAAAAAGUUGUUACAGAGGCUGAUGGCUAUCAGCCCCAUUUGAUUGCUCCAGAACAAGGAUACCGCAGACUUAUUGAUGGAGCUAUCGUCUAUUUUAAAGGACCAGCCGAAGCCUCUGUGGAUGCUGUGCACUUUGUUUUGAAAGAACUUGUACGGAAGUCAAUAGCUGAGACAGAGGAAUUGAGACGAUUCCCUACACUUCAGUCUGACAUUGCAGCAGCUUCCACAGAAGCAUUGGAAAGAUUCCGUGAUGAAAGCAGGAAGACAGUUACACGGCUGGUGGAAAUGGAGUCUAGCUACCUAACGGUGGAAUUUUUCAGGAAGCUUAAUAUGGAAGGGGACAGAAAUCAAAACCAAACAGGACCAAAUGCAGACAAAAAUAGAAAAGAACCGCCACCAAAUAUGGACAUGGUUGGGGAUAAUUAUCUCAGGAGGAUCGCAUCAAAUGUCAACUCUUAUAUCAAUAUGGUUUGUGAGACUCUGAGGAAUUCGAUUCCGAAGGCUGUUGUCCACUGUCAAGUUCGAGAGGCCAAAAGAUCUCUGCUCAACUACUUUUACACUCAAAUUGGGAGGCAAGAGAAGGAGAGGCUAGGUGCAAUGUUGGAUGAGGAUCCAGCACUCAUGGAAAAGCGAACGCUUAUUGCUAAACGGCUUGAACUGUACAAGUCAGCCAGAGAUGAGAUUGAUUCUGUCGCUUGGAAAUGAAGGACCUCAUUACUGUCAUACUAGUAGAUGUGCAUCAUUUACCACUCAAACAUGACAAGCAGAUAUCACCACUACCAUAUUUGAAUCUGCAUAUUCUUUUAUCUACUUCAAAUUAAUAAGGUAUACCGACAGAAACAGCCACAGGCCGCAGGUGCUGCAUGAGCAUAGAGUUGAAGUUGCACACGAUUCUUUAUUCCAGCCUUACACCUUAUUGAAUACAAGUUGAACUCAGACUCGAGUGUGUACAAUGAUAAUUUCAUCCCAAAAUGUUUUGGUUCCUUACCAAAUGGUUACUAUUCAUGUAAAAUCUAUUCUUCUGAGAUAUGGAAUUUUUUGUAGACAUGGUUUAUUAUAAUUUCAUCAUUUAUCAUCUUUUUCAAA